CGUGCAGAGUUCAGUGAUAUCUGGGCGGUGAGAGGAAGCAUACGCGCGCUCUCUAGCGAAACACUUGCGCCGUGGUAGUCACGUAUUUCCAAAACUUGCUUUUAUGUAUGAAUGCUAAAGUGUAGCAUUGAUUAUACUUUUAAAGUUCACUAUAGUGAUACAACAGAAAGUUGUGGUGCUUAUUUCCUUAUCUCUUAUACUUCGAGAUUGCCAAAGUGCACAAUUGAGAGAAAACUUGUUUUGUUGCCCGCCGUAAGAAAUGUAGACCAGUCUUAGGUGAGGAGGUGUUUUGACGUCGUAGUUUCCGUGGUUGGGUGAGCUGUUCUUCUGGCUCUGCUGCCUGUGCAGGUGAUGAGGUGCGGCCGGAGAUAAGCGUCUGGACCCGGAAGGACCCGCGAUAAGACCGGCCUUCGGUUUCCCGCGCAUGCGCCUUCGUCGGCGGCUGUCGGAGGCCCCGCUCAGCAACUGCAGCGACGACAAGAGCAGCGAGGGAGUGCGGGGAGAUAGCAUCAAGGAGGAACUUGCCAGUCCGCCGCGCACCGCUCGUGUGUCAGGGAUGCUCGUGUAAGGCCCUUUUCGCCCUCCAUCGCGACUGGACCUCCGUCUUCCUGCCCCUGACGUCUCCCGCCUUCUCCCUCUCUCUCCCUUCUCCCGCUUCUCCCUGCCCGCUCUUCGUCGCUACGCCUCCCCUUCGGCGCCAACAUGAAGCUGAAGGAGCGCCUGGUGAUCGGCGUGAUGGCGGGGCUGGUGCUCCUCACGGUGGUCCUCGUCCUCGACGUCGAGACAGGCUUGACGUCGAGCGACCGCCCACGCACGCCCGCCCACGCCCGCGUCCGCUACGCCUUCAGACAGCGACACUUGCAGAAGACCAACAACGGGUCCCGCGAGGCGUCCCUGGCAGCGGCCGCCUCCGCCCAGCUCAGCGCCGCCGUCGACGACCCCGCCCACCCGCCCCCGCCCGGCCCCGAUAGCCUCGUGGCCGUGGGCGCGACGGGCGGGCGCCAGGAGCCCAAGACCACGUCCACGACCCCGCCUGACCCUUACAACGACCUGGUGGAGGCGGUGGUGAAGGUAGACAACGUGAGCAAGAUGUCGAGGCGCCGUCGGAAGCACUGGAACCCCACCCUCGGGGAGCUCCUGGGCAUUGAUCUGAGGUAGGUAGCCCAGGGGCGCCUGGCCUCCGAGGCGCCCUGCCUUGC